AUUUUCGCCAUCAUAAUAAAUGAUACUCAGUGCGAUCGCGUAAAAAUUUCUUACAGAACAAAAUGUCUGAGUUUUGUGCACAAUAAAAACAUUACAAAAUUAUAUACUAUCGUUGUUUUGCAUAAACUUUUAUGCACAUAAGUGAGUAAUUCCCAGUCAUGCUGAGGAUUCGUCUCAAAAUGGGACCUUCUAUGCGAAACAAAGAGUGGACAUGCUGUUUUGGCCUUCAUGUUCGCACGGCUACCAUCAUCAUAGGCGUCUGGCAUUUAUGUUUGAACUUAUUGGCCCUUGGUAUUAUUUCGGUUAUAAUACGAACCAACAAUUAUCACUUAUUGCUGGACGAUAUGGAUGACAACGAUGACGGUGAUAACGAGCCAAUUGCACCCAUUUUGCCGACACCUUUGAGCAAAGUUGAUCGUCCUUAUGCUUACAUUGAACGUUUCCAGCAAUCAGGAUUACACAGCAAUGACGUUGAUAUGAGCGGAUUAGUUUUCCUAUGCAUGAUAGCAGUUACACUGAUGUUAAUCUAUGGUGCGGUUAAGGGUAAACCAUCUCACCUGUUACCAUUUUUCUGCUUGCAAAUUUUCGAUUUUGCGAUUGCCACCCUAACCGCCGCUAAUCAUUUAUGCUACAUAAGAUCCAUACACAUAUGGAUUACGGAGAGCCAGAAUAGAUUACCCUGGAAGGAAGAAUUGGCUAAGCUGAAUCCGCAAACAUUGUCGGUAUUGGUGUUGAUUGGGUUCAUCCUUUUCAUUUUCCUCAAAGCCUAUGCCAUUGGGAUUGUUUGGCGUUGCUAUAAGUUUUUGACAUUCAGACAGCACAAUUUACGCUCUAUGCUGCCGUAUAUCAUUCCAGAUGCCCCGGAUACGUUGAAUAUGCGCCAGGAACGUGACAAUAAUUCCCUUUUGCCUGACUACGAUGAAGCAGUGGCUCAAAGCUUAAAACUUGCACCACCCCCUUCGUAUGUGGUGGCAAUGGCCAUGAACAACAAGGAUACAGCUUCAAACGAUCCAGUUCCUGCCGGGGACAAUACUAUCAUCAAUUCUAAUGACAGCGAUACCUUUUCCGAUCCACCACCGUAUAACGUUGUGCAGCAGAAUGAAACAUCUUCUGCGGAGAAUAACGCUUCGAUUAUUGUUGUCGAACCCACCCCUUCGACGGUCACUGAUAGCUCACAACAAUCGAAUCAAGAAAAUAGAAAUUGAAUACUUGGCUCAUGAAAAUAACCGUUUUCUGAAACGGAUAUAUUCUACGUGUUUUAACAAAAAUCUACCUACAAAUUUAUUAUUUUCAAAUUUUAUUGCUUUUCUCUAAAGUAUACUCUACGAUAAUUUAUCUGGUUUACAUACCCAUUAGUCUAAGUUAUUCCAAUUUUUAAGCGAUGGAAAAUCAUUAUUGAAUCAUGCAAAAUAAAGUAAUAAAAGCCUUCUGAUAUUAUGCAUCAAGGGCAAAUAGUCGUUAUAUGUAGAAAUUGAUCGGUUACAACGCUACGUUCUAAAAAAUACCGAUAUCAUAACUUGUCUCUAUCCAGCAGAACAACUUUCUCAAAAAUAUAUAGUGUUUCGAUAUGACCCUUUCGAUUACGAUGAUCGCAUAUAGCCGAGACGAAUUUGUGCAACACCUGUGCAGGACCUAUGGUACUGAAGUGUCUGUUUGAAGUUCAACUUUGUAGGUAAAUUAUACAAUAUUCCCAAUAGCCGUGUGGUAAGAUUAAGGUUAUAUAUGUACAUUCAGAUAUACAUUUUUGAUUUUUAUUUAUAUAUUUUUAUAUAUCUUUUUCUGAGGUUCGUUUAAACUCGAUUUUAGUAUAUUUUUAUGUUGAUGAUCUGUUAUUUUGAAUUUAUUCGAGUUGUACUUAAUUUUACUUUUUUACUUUUCAUAGGAAAUGCAAAAGCAGCUCGACUAUUUUAAAGCCCAAGUUACGCUGCUGGGAAUUAAACCACAGCAUGAACUAGAUCCGUUGCCCUUGGAAGCUCAACCGAAAUAUGAAAAGUUUCCUUCCAGCCCCGAUUUCAUGAUCACUGAUGACACAUGUAUAGUUGCACACCAGAUGGAGAACAAAUACACAAGCCCAGCUGUAUUUGGCAACAAAGUGUACGGUAUUGAGCCAAAAACAAUGGACGAUUCUAGCGAGACAAGUGUACUUAAUAAAGAUCAACUGCUUCAAUUCGACCAGCCCGGAUUUGACGAUCAAUUUUGAAUUAAUUUUGUUCAACACAGCAUUCAAACCCGUUAACCAUGGUUCAAAUAUAUGAAAACAGAUGUACUUAAA